UUUUGAUAAUUAUUUAUUAAUCUAGAUUUGGUCAAUUUUUAGCUGAUAAGUCUUCUGGUCACCAAUAAAUAAAAAGCUGAAUAUUUUAUCGAUUGAGAUAAGUCUUAUCUAAAUCUAGCAUGACAAAAAAAUGCGAAGUAUGUAAUUAUCAUAAGGAUCGUCAAUGAUAUUUCGCAUUUAACUAUUGGAGUAUCAUUUGGAUCGUCAAUGGUCAGUUAUCAUUGACGAUCCUUAUGAUACUCAAACUUAACCUCAAGAUGGCGAUUGACGAUCCGAAUGAAAUAAUUCAAACUACAGAUACCAAAGUUUAUUUUGUCGACUGUCAAUUUUCAUUCCUCCCAUCCGCACGAACUUCCGCUGCACCCUGUAGUUUUUUUUUCAAGUUUGAUUUUAUUUCAGAGAGCUUCGCCUACUGGUUAUUGAAAAUACUUUUUUAACUUCGCCAUCUAGCGAGAAAAUACGGGUUUGGGGACUAACAUUUGCUCACAAAUAUCUUUAACUUGUUAAAUUGAUUAUUUACUAUUAAUAACAAUACGAGCCAGUUCAGAUGGUUGAGAUUUUAAUUGAAUGACAAUGAAUUUUCAGGGUUACUUUAAAUUAUUGUGAAGCCAGAGAAAUCAUUAGAAGUAAAAUCAGCCUUUUCAUUUUAAAAUCCUUUUGUUCAUUCUUCGUUUCUGAUUCACUCGAAUGAUUACAAUCGAUUGGAGGAAAUUUAUUCAUCUUAAAUAGUUAGGAAAUAUAUUGAACAUCACAAUGAACAUUCUUUUUCUUUCUAUCAAAGAGUGAACUUUACUGUAGUACUGUAGUGUAAUGUAAACAUUUAAAAAUAAAGAAGAUGAUCUAACGAGCACAAUUUGUAACCAUAGAUAGUGAUCAAUAUUUAUAUUUAUAAUAAUUGUAUCAAGAUGAAGAUUUUUAUUGUUCAAUUUUUCACUUUUUUGUUACUUCUGUUGAUAUUCAAUGGAUUCAUUCAACCCAUUCACAUGUUCACUAAUGAAACGAGUGAAUAUAAUAUUAAACAAGCCAAAUUGCUAAAAAUUGGAUUCAAUCAUGUGUUUUGGGAUUUUGUUAAUUCAAAUAAUCUGGAACCACUUAAAGUAUCAUCAUCAUGUAUCAAAAGUUUAAAUAAUGUUUUUAAUUCAAUGAAGAAGGAUAAUCAAUGGACAUUUCAAAUGUUUGAUUCAUCGUCUAGAUUUAUUGUUGAUUCAACUGAAACUGGUUACUAUGAUUUUGGUAAUUAUGAUAGAUGUUUAAGUCUUCAAUGGAUCAACGAUGAAACAAAGGAAAGUGAAUUUGGUCAACAUUGUACAAUAUCAAUUUUACCAAAAAUAUCGGAAUCAGAAUACUAUAAGAACAUAUUCACGAGAAAUAAAAUAGUGUCACUUUUUUACGAAGCCGUCUUCAAGAUUGGUCUCUGCAUUCCUUCUUCUUGUUCUCAAGAUGAUAUUCAAAAUAUCUUUUCUAAAGCUAUUGACGUUUAUGAUUGGCAGUAUAUAAAAACUGAUCAAUGUAAAAUUAAGACUACAUUGGUUGAAAAUAUUAUGAAUGCUAAGAGAUAUCAAAAAAUAUCAUUAGCUUUUUUGACUACAAUUGUUGUAAUAAAUUUAUAUGCAACUUGGUUGGAUUGGUCAGUGAGAUCUAGUGGCUGGACUCGACAUUUCUCUUUAAUUCGUAAUUACAAUGGACUUAUCAAUCCUGUCUCAACAUCAAGAAUGACUUUUUUAACCAAGUUUCAACUAGUAGUUCAUUCUGCAACUUUAACUGUCCAUGCAUUUUUUUGGUUUUUUUUCUCCAAAGGAGGCGGACUUUUUGCUAACUCAAACAAUCUCAUGAAAAACCGUAAUAGCUUUCAGAUUAGAGGUGGAUCUGAUUGGUGGGUAAGCAUUCUCUUUGUUUAUGGAUCGAUAGCUCGCACCAUGGAAUACUGGAAGAUCACUGGACCAUCAACCUCUUUGAUUUCAUCUUUUAUCAAAAUGCUCAUCAAAAUGUUUACAAUCAUCCUCAUUUCUCUUCCCCUGGUCGCUUUCACCUUCAUCACUCCAGUGUUUUUCGAUGGCCCUAUCAUGUCAAUUUUCAGUGAUUAUACUGCCGAAGCUUGUUUAAGAUCAUUUCAUACAAACCUUUUAUUUAUACAAAACAAUUAUCGUCCCAUAAUCGAUAUGUGUUUACCACAUACUUGGUCUGUUGCUGUUGAAUUUCAAAUUUUACCUGUGAUCAUUUUAUUGGUUCAUCUUUACAAAAGAUCUCCAAAACUCGCUGUUACCGUUAAUUCAUUAAUAGUAAUAGCUGGAUUAUUAUAUACUGGUGUCUCUGCAUUCAUCAAAGAUGCCCAUCCUCACAUGUUAGCCCGUUCAUUAGAAAUCAGACCUAUGCUUUACUGGUUAGAAAAUAUUUCUAUGCCAACUUCAAUGCAUGUUUGGAUAUACACUCUUCCCCCAUUAUGGACCUAUUUGAUUAUGAAUAGGUAUGAAAAAUCAAAUCCAAUUUUGAUCAACUUCACUCGAUGCAGCAAGCUACUUGCUGCAAUCGUAUUAACGUUGCACCUUUUACCGCCAAUUUGGGUUUCUUUGGAAGACUAUAUGCAUGGAUCGAUUCUCAACGGAAUUUAUUUCAUCUUCUUUCGACUUUGCACUGGAGUUAUAUUCACAUUUCCUUUUAUGUGCAAUUCCGAUUCGUUGCGAGAAUUUUUCACCCAUCCAUUGGACAAAAAAAAUUUCAGUGAAAACAACAAUUGCAUCAAUAAUAAUUUUGAAUCAAGCUUUGAAAAGGAGAUUAAACAAGUCGUUCAGACAGAUGAAGACAGUUCAGUCAAAGCUAAGAAUAUUCCUUCUGGACCGAAGAAUCGUUUACUUCACAUUUGCUCAACACUUUGGCGAUCCGCAUACUAUGUGCAUAUCUGCAUGACUAUAUUACGAUAUUCAACACAGCGUUGGUCACUCAAUUCAAUAGAGUCAUGGAUUUCAAUAGCUAUCGAGUCUUUAGCUCUAACCUUUUUCGCAGCAUUUUUCUUCCAUCUAUUUGUCGUUGGUCCCGUUACAAGUUUGAUCUCAACUGUAAAGUCAAAGUCACAGUUAAAACUCAAAACAAAAUGAUCUAACAUGUAAGAUGACGAUGGAUGAAUGAUGCUAAGAUUAUCGAAAAGCAAUAUUGCAAAUUGGUGCUCAAAGCGAACUCUUAUGACCUAAAUCACUUACAGUUGAAUUUCUGUAUUAUUAAUAAUAUUAAUGAUUCAUAUUGAUCUAAUUCAGUUAUAGACAAAAACUAAUGCAAAGUUAUCAUAUGUCUGGACCAAAGAGAAAAUUGUUUCAAUUAUCUGGCAAUUCAUUUUUUUGUGGUUUACAUUGUAGAGGAUAAAAAAUAGAGACACGUAUUUUUGUUUAGCAAGUACGUGUUUAAUGAUAUCUAAGCUCGAAUGAGCUCAAACAUCAAUAACCACACACCAAAGUUACAAAAUCAAAAAGACGCGUCUCGUCAUUUUUCGUCCUUCACAAUAAGAGCCGGAAAAAAUUGAAAACAGUAGUACAAGCAAGGGCUCUUCUCGUGUUACAAGGAUGUAGCUUAUUGUCUUGACAGUAUGGUUCCAAAGCAUCAAAAAUGUUUCAUAUCAUUGUUUUAGCCUGGUAUAAAACAGUGAUUGAGAUUGAAAACAAGGACACAAUUGUUUCGGAGAAAGCACUUACAAUAAAAUAUCUUAUAUCAUAAUUUAUUACAUCUGUAAAUUGAAUAAAUUUUACUUAUCUUGA